CCGAGGAGGGCGCCGCGUCGACGGAGGGCGCGCCGGCCCGCGGCGGCGAGUGAGCGCUGGGGAGCCGACCGUGCGGCCGCGGCUGCCUCGGGCCUGGGCGGCGCCUGGUCUCCGAGUGCUGGAGACCUGGGCCCGCGGCCGAGCGAGGUCGUCGGCACGACCGUGGUCGACUUCGACGCGAGCGCCGCGCCGGCGCCCGCGCCGCCCCGAGCCAAGGGGGUCUCCAGCGGCGGUGCGGAGGCUCGCGGCGCGCGUGCCGCCGGCGGGCGGCCCCUCGCGGGAGCCGAGAGGGCGCGGUGGUGGGGGCGCACCAAGAGCCCACGGGAGGAUCCACGAGAAGAAGCAAUACACCAGCCCGACCCCCCUGGGGCAAUGAUCACCUCCAGGGGCAGCUGUGUGUACAAACUUCGCCUUCCAAUGGGCAACUUUGAUAUUUUUGUCUAGCCGUGGUCGGCAAAGUGUCUCGAUGCUUAAGGCAGCACCGACCGGCCGUGUCCAGGGCACGCUUGUGGCCAACCUGCUCCUGGGCGUCGCCUGUGCCCCCCCCAGCCGCAGUGAAUUCGCGCUGAUGGCGCUGCUCUGCGCCCCAGUCAGCUUUUUGGGGUGCAGUCGCCAGAUCCGUCGUCUCAGACGUCGCCGUCGAGGGACCUUCGUCGAGGCGGCUGCGGGCAAAGUGUGUAGUCGCGCAUGGGCAGCACGGCAGGAUCCGAUCGCUUCCUCCCUUUGGGUAUCCAAGCGCGGGCGGCCCUCGCGUCGCUCA